AGUAACAUCAUGUUGAACACCUCCUUGACCGCCAAGUUCGGCGACUUCGGGCUCGCGAGGCUCAUCAACGACGGUCGAGGAUCACACACCACAGGCAUAGCUGGCACGAUGGGGUACAUUGACCCGGAGUGCGUGCUUGCCGGCAGGACAAGCAUUGAGUCUGACAUCUAUAGCUUUGGGGUCGUCCUUCUCGAGAUCGCAUGUUGUCGAUGACCGACUUUGAUCAUAGGAGAUGGAGAUGUCGUCCACCUGGUGCGGUGGGUGUGGGACUUGUAUGGCCAAGGAGCGAUCCUCGACGCUGCUGACACGCGGCUGAGCGGCGGCGGUCUCGACGCCGACGUCAAGGAGAUUGAGCGGGUGAUGGUCGUCGGGCUCUGGUGCGCGCACCCUGACCGCCGCCUGCGGCCGUCCAUCAGGCAUGCAGUCAACGUGUUGCGAUUCGAAGCCGAGCCUCCCGGCACGGAUGCCUGUUGCAACCUUCGAGCCACCGACUAAUUCUUUGGGUUCCGGAACAGUGAUCCUGAGCAGCUUCAGCGGCCGGUGACGAGGAUCCUGUUGGAGCACACUUUGUGUAUUUCUUGCUCUAUGUACAUCCUCCAGCGCCAACGCCCCUUCUAUACAUUGAUUUAACGGUGAAAACACAGGGUGUGACUAUUUAUAAGUCGUCUGAUCUUUAGUAAAUGGACCUUAAAUCUCAGUCGACGUUUUGGAACCGUUGAAUUAAGUCGGAGAGUCGUCAUCAUUUUUUCAUUUCCCACUUGUUAUCGUUGGAUUAAGAUCUAAUGGCCAAACAUGUCGACUGAUUUCUAACUUAAAAACAAGCGACUCCGCCGCCGCCGUGUCCAUGGUGCAGGGCGCGUCGCGACUCGCGCGGCACCGGGCUCGAGUUCGUGAGGCAGCUGCUGCGGAGGAGCACGACCUGGGCCGCGCCCUGGAUCCUGCCGUGACCUGCUGAUCAAUGCAGCAGCUAGGCAUCCUUUCGAUCCCCAAAUGUUAUACAGCCAGAGACCUCAUUGAGCAAAGUUGAUAAGUCAUCCCUGCUGCUGUCUCACGAAGUGAAUUCCGCUGGUCCUGUUGAUCAAGAUGUGUCAAUUCCUGAAGAUUGGUGCGAGCUUGGAAACAGGGAAAGGUUUCUCGUUGGUUGUCAAUUCCUGAAGAUUGGUUCGGGAGGCUGGCAUUUGUACAGAGCUUCCAAAACAGCACUGCAUCACUUGACAAAAGACGGCAUUAGUCAAGUUGGUCAAGAAGGACAAGUUGCCUGCAUUUUGCUACAUCCGGGGACAGUUGACACCGACCUCUCACGUCCAUUCCGAAGGAUGAAAGGAACGUGGCCAAGGAUAAGCUUUUCACUAGGGUCUCUGUAAAGAAGCUCCUGUCCAUUAUUGACAGUGCCAAGAAGAGCGACAACAGGAAGUUCUUCGCUUGGGACGGUCAAGAAAUCCCAUGGUGACCACUGUUUUCAGCAGGUGCGAAGAUAUAAACUAAUCACAGAUGAGAGAAACACACAGCAGUCACCUUUGUUUGGAGCCUAGGCAUCUUCACCGUCCCCAGACGACAGCCGGCCAGGGUCCAUGGCUUCCCACCUUGUCAUUCUCCUUCUCACGGCCAUCUUCGCCGCACUAUGCGUCGCGGCAGUCUGCCAGCAACACAAGGUCAUGCUCCCGCUCUUUCCUUCCUGCUCGACCACGGGCAACUACACCGACGGCAGCCUGUUCAAGAAGAACCUGGAUGAACUACUCUCCAGCCUUCCGACAGCCGCCGGCGGGAUCAACGGGUUCUACAAAGGCAUGGUCGGGGCUCCGGGCCCCGACCAAGUUUUCGGCCUCAUCAUGUGCUACGCCGACCGCAACGCGACGCAGUGCCUGGACUGCCUUGCCGGCGCGACGGCGGGGAUCACGACGGUGUGCCCGCACAGCCGGGACGUGCGUGCUGCGUACGAUGCGUGCGUGCUCCGGUACUCUGACGUACAGUUUGCCUCCGCCGCGGCUGACACGACCAUCCCUUUCUACGUGAGGGUGAAUGCUCCGUUCCCGGUCGACCCGGCGGCCAUGGCCAGGGCAUGGCUCCCACUGAUGGCUGAACUCACCGGGCGUGCCGCAGGGUCACCAUCGCGGGCCGCACAAGGGAGCACGCCGUACGACGCGUCAUGGCAGGUGUACGGUCUUGCGCAGUGCACGAGGGACCUGAACGCCAGUGAGUGCAGCCGGUGCCUCUCCUACGUUGUUGGCCAGCUGCCGCAGCUGUUCCAGAAUGAGACCGGUGGGGCUGUCAAGGCAUAUAGCUGCUACGUGAGGUACCAGAUUGGCGCCUUCGACAUCACCCUGCCGCCUGAACCACCGCAGCCACCACCGACGUCGCCAGGAGAAUCAGCGCUUUCUUCAAGAGAAGGGCUUCUGAUCGGCAUUUCUGUUGGUACCUUGUUGUUCUUCAUCAUCCUGGUCGGCUGUUUGGUCUGUCUCCUUCUACGGCGACGGCGAAAGCAGCCCAAAAUCACCGAGGAGGCAAAGUGGCAAGAGCCAGAAGAGGGCAACUUCUUCGAUGACGAUGAUCCUGCCAUGGAAGACGAUUUCCAGAAAGGGACCGGACCCAAACGAUUUCGAUACAGCGAGCUUGCCAUUGCCACCAACAACUUUUCCAAUGAGAAGAAGCUUGGAGAAGGAGGUUUUGGCUCGGUGUACAGAGGAUUCCUCAAAGAAAUGAACCUUGAGGUGGCCAUCAAGAGAGUUUCCAAAGGGUCCCAGCAGGGGAAGAAAGAGUAUGCUUCUGAGGUGACGAUCAUAAGCCGGCUUCGGCAUCGGAACCUCGUCCAGCUCAUUGGCUGGUGCCACGGCGGUGGGGAGCUCCUUCUUGUGUACGAGCUGAUGCCCAACGGCAGCCUCGACACUCAUCUGUACAGCGGCAAGAGCGGUGGGGCUGUGCUGCCAUGGCCUGUCAGGCACGAGAUCAUACUGGGAUUGGGUUCUGCGCUUCUCUACCUGCACCAGGAGUGGGAGCAGUGCGUCCUGCAUAGGGACAUCAAGCCUAGCAACAUCAUGCUGGAUGCCUUCUUCGCCGCCAAGCUCGGCGACUUUGGGCUGGCCAGGCUCGUUGAUCAUGGGCGGGGAGCGCACACCACGGUGCUUGCUGGCACAAUGGGGUACAUGGACCCGGAGUGCAUGAACACGGGCCGGACCAAUGCUGAGUCAGACGUGUACAGCUUUGGCGUCGUCCUCCUCGAGGUCGCCUGUGGCAGGCGGCCUCUAACGGUGUCGUCUCACCCAGAGGGGGAGCACAUGGUCCACCUUGCCCAGUUGGUCUGGGGCUUGUACGGCGAGGGAAGGGUUCUUGAUGCCGCCGAUGCACGGCUCGAGGGGUCGUUUGACGAAUUGGAGAUGGAGCGCGUGAUGGUCGUUGGGCUCUGGUGUGCGCACCCUGACCGGAGCCUGAGGCCGUCCAUCAGGCAAGCCGUCAACGUUCUGCGGUCCGAGGCGCCAUUGCCGACCCUCCCGGCUAGGAUGCCGGUGGCGACCUUCGUGUACGUGCCGCUGCUGGGUGAUGACUGGACAUCUUCCAGUGUCGUCACGGGAGGUGUCGGCAGCAGCACUGGCACCAGCCAGGGCAAGGAUGACUCCUCAAGGACGACCGAGAAGUCGAUGCCGGCACGAAGCAAGACGGCAGGGGUGGUCGAAGAAGAGAUCACCGGACGAGCCAGGUACUAUGUUGUGAAGUUUCUGAAGGCAAAUGGAUUGUUAGAUCACAACCGGGACUACUUUAAUACAGUCAUGAUCAGCGAGAAGGUGUUUGUGGAGAAGUACAUAUGCCCUCACAAGGAAGCUGCACCGCACCUCGCUGAAGACUAUGCUGCCGCUUAUAUUUCUCUCGGAACCACGCCGUUCGCCACCCGCGACGGCGCGCUCGCGGCCCGGCCCGUGAGGUCCGUCAUGAGCGCGAGCCACGCGCCGAGCAUGGCCGCCGGGUCGACGGCGGGGCCGCCCGGCAGGACAGCAGUAACGAAGAACGGCACGUCGAGGUCGGCCGUCCCGGCGAAGGGCGGCGCCGGGGAGUACCGGAGCACGCAGGAACAGAGAGAACUGGCAAGCGCAAUGGCUCCUCUCCACCUAUUGCGCUUCCUCCAACUUUUGCUACUACUGCACACAACAUCCACCCAUGCACAGCUAAACAUCACCUUGGGAUCCUCUCUGACGACCCAGGGACCAAACGCAUCAUGGAUCUCCCCCUCCGGCGACUUCGCAUUUGGGUUCUUGCCCAUAGAGGGGAACUCUUCCUCCUACCUCGUCGCCAUCUGGUUUGACAAGAUCCCUGAAAAGACUGUUGCUUGGUACGCCAAGACAAGCUCCGGCGGGCAAGACACAACCGCAGUACAGGUGCCAUCCAGCUCUGUGCUAAACCUCAAUGAUGGGGUGCUCUCGCUCCGGAACCCGUCUGGUGAUGAGAUCUGGAGGCCCCGAGUUACUGGUGUGGCCUAUGCCAGAUUACUUGACUCGGGUAACUUCAUGCUUCUUGGUGCAGAUGGCAUAACAAAAUGGGAAACCUUCGACUUCCCAGCUGAUACCAUCCUGCCAACGCAAGUGCUCCCUCUGGGGAAGCAACUCCGCAGCCGUCUCAUCGCCACGGACUACUCCGAUGGCCGAUUUCUCCUAGAUGUGCAAGGUGAUGGGAAUCUUGUGUUCUAUCCAGUUGCUGUGCCUUCUGGAUUCCGAUAUAACCAGUACUGGGCCACUAAUACAGUUGGGAACGGCUCACAGCUGGUUUUCAAUGAAACAGGCAGGAUAUACUUCACCUUGAAGAAUGGCACACAGAUCAAUAUCACUUUGGCAGCGAUAGACUCAAUGGAUGACUUCUUCAGCCGUGCCACGCUUGACCCAGACGGCGUGUUCCGACGAUAUUUGUACCCAAAGAGAAUGAAAGUAAGAAGCCUAUGGAGACAAGCAUGGACAGUGUUGAGCUCACUUCCCGAAAACAUCUGCCAGGCAAUACAGGUGAAUAUCGGCAGCGGUGCUUGCGGCUUCAACAGUUACUGUAUUUUUGACGGCACAAAUAAUGAGACAAGCUGCAGAUGCCCACCACAAUACUUGUUCUUGGAUGUGCAGAGGAAGUACAAAGGGUGCAGACCAGUCUUCGAACCGCAAAGCUGUGACCUGGAUGAGACAUCAGCAGCGGCGCAGUUUGAGUUGACACCGAUCGAUGGUGUUGAUUGGCCUCUUUCAGACUAUGAGCAGUACAGCCCCAUCGAUGAGACCAAGUGCCGAAGGCUGUGUGUGAUCGAUUGCUUCUGUGCCAUGGCCGUCUUUGACCGAAGCACAAACACCUGCUGGAAGAAAAAGCUCCCUUUAUCAAAUGGGAAUAUGGCGGGUAGUGUACAGAGGACAGUUCUUCUCAAGGUACCUAGGGGCAACUCACAGUCCCAGUUCAACAGCGGCUCCAGCAAAUGGAAGAAGGACAAGAAGAAUUGGAUCAUUGGGAGUUCCUUACUUUUUGGGAGCUCCAUAUUGGUAAACUUGAUCCUCAUCUCUAUUCUGCUUUUUGGAACUUAUUGUUGUGUCACCUCAAAGAAGAAACUCCGGUCACCACAAUCAUCUGGUCAUCUCGGGUUGCCCCUGAAGAUAUUUACUUACAAGGAGCUGGAGAAAGCAACCGCUGGUUUUCGUGAGGUGGUAGGCAGUGGUGCUUCGGGUAUCGUAUACAAAGGAAAGCUGCAUGAUGAGCAUGGAACCAGUAUUGCAGUCAAGAAAAUUGCAAAGCUCCAGCAAGAGACUGAAAAGGAGUUUGAGAUGGAAGUCCAAUCCAUCGGACAGACAUUUCACAAGAACUUGGUCAGGAUGUUUGGUUUCUGCAAUGAAGGAACUGAAAGACUGCUUGUGUUUGAAUUCAUGACCAAUGGCUCACUGAAUGAAUUCCUCUUCACUGAUACUAGCCCACACUGGAGUCUCCGUGUUCAAGUCGCACUUGGAGUUGCUCGAGGGCUGCUCUACUUGCAUGAGGAGUGUAGCACACAAAUUAUCCAUUGUGACAUAAAACCACAGAACAUCCUUCUUGAUGAGAAUAUUGUGGCCAAAAUUUCAGACUUUGGCCUGGCAAAGCUUCUUCGUGCCAACCAGACCCAGACAAACACCGGCAUUCGGGGUACUCGAGGUUACGUUGCCCCUGAGUGGUUCAAGAACAUUGGGAUCACUUCCAAAGUCGAUGUCUAUAGCUUUGGGGUGAUCCUGCUGGAGCUUGUCUGUUGCAGGCGUAACGUGGAGCUAGAGAUUGCUGAUGAAGAGAGGUCCAUACUAACUUACUGGGCAAACGAUUGUUACAGGUCCGGGAGGAUCGACUUGCUGGUGGAAGGCGACGACGAGGCAAUCUUCAACAUAAAAAAGGUGGAGCGCUUCGUGGCUAUUGCACUGUGGUGCCUCCAGGAGGAGCCAACGAUGCGCCCAACCAUGCUUAAAGUGACCCAGAUGCUUGAUGGAGCAGUCCAAAUCCCCACGCCUCCUGAUCCCUCUUCUUUCAUCAGCUCGCUUCAGUAGUGUAUUAUGGAUCGGAGGGAGUAAUAUAUAAGCACAUUGUUGUGCGGAGUAUCAAUCAAAAGCAUGUUCCGAUUCAUGACCUGGUAUAGCUGUCAAAUAAAGUCUGAAGAAUAAUGGCAGUGUGGCAUUCAGGCACUUAUGCCUGGCUGCAACAAAAUAGCAUAUGUGAUGAUUCACAAAUGGAUCUGUAAAUGUAUGACUAUCUAUUUUAACCUUUGAAACUUUUGUAGUCAAUCUAAAACAUCUCAUAAAACAAUCUUUACGACA